GGCAAGCAGUGUUGCAUCUCCUUCAGCACCAUUUGCGUAGAUAUAGUUGCUAAGGCGCUGUACUCUGAUCGAGUGCUGUUUUGGUGCAGAUAAUUGGCAAGACGCCCCUGGUGUACCUCAACCGUGUGGUGGAGGGUUGUGUUGCCUGAAUAGCUGCGAAGCUCGAAAUGAUGGAGCCCUGCUCAGGUGUCAAAGACAGGAUUGCGUAUAGAAUGAUUGCAGAUGCUGAGGAAAAGGGUCUGAUUAAGCCGGGAGAGAGUGUUCUGACUGAGCCUACUAGUGGUAGCACCGGAAUAGGGCUGGCAUUUAUGGCUGCUGCCAAGGGUUAUAAACUUAUAAUUACCAUGCCUGCUUCAAUGAGUCUUGAAACAAGAACCAUUCUCCGUGCUUUUGGAGCUGAUCUGGUCCUCACGGAUCCAGCCAGGGGCAUGAAAGGCUCUGUUAAAAAGGCUGAAGAGAUAGUGGAAAGAAUACCCAAUGCAUACAUGCUUCAUCAAUUUGAGAACCCUGCCAAUCCCAAGGUAUACAGUUCACACACUUAGUAAUGCUUCUAUAGCUAGCUGGUUGGAGAAGCUUAAGUUCUUCCUGCUUUCAUACAUCCAUUAUGAAACGACUGGACCGGAGAUCUGGAAAGAUUCAGGAGGCAAAGUUGAUGCCCUCGUUUCUGGGAUAGGAACUGGAGCUACAAUAACAGGAGCAGGAAUAUAUCUCAAGGAGCAGAACCCUAAGAUCAAGGUGUGCAUUUCUAUCGCCUAGUUAUAUUUCUAGGCAACUUUACCGUUUCUCAUGUUUUUCAUUUAAUACUUCUGUGUGUUUAGCUCUAUGCUGUAGAACCUGCAGAAUGUGCAGUAUUAUCUGGUGGCAAACCUGGUAAGUCAUGAUCUUCAACACACUGUUGGAUCCCUUUGUAACUGGUAGUGAUAUUACACUGGCUUAACUUUUCAUUGUGUACUUUUCCUUUUCCUUCUGCACCAAUUGAAGGACUUGGAUGAGGAAACAUACUUUGUGUUUGGGUUUUGGCUGUGCCUUCUCUUAUUUAUCUCCCUCUCUGAUGCAUGAUUAAUAUACUGAGUGAAGAACUUAGGAAUGGCUGUCCUGAUUUUUCGAGGAUACGGGUAGAGUAGUAAUUACUUGCCUGGAAAUUAACUUCAUUGUAUGAUUGAUAUGAUCAAUGAACCGCAGAAUUGGGUCAUCCAUUUCCUUUUCCUCUCAUGACGGUUCAGCUACUACAUACCCUGGUUCUGCCCAGACAGCCUUUUGUUUAGUCACUAGAACUUAUGAAUUUGCUACAUUUGUGUUGGGAAAAAAUAUUUGCUUAAACUUUCUGUGAUUUCAUAUGUUUUGGUGAUGUUCAGCAUGGUUCUAUGAUAAUUUCAUAUACACUACAAAAUGAAUUGCCGAAGGUCCGCAUAAAAUACAAGGCAUUGGUGCUGGCUUCAUCCCUGGAGUGCUAGAUGUGAAUUUAUUUGAUGAAGUUAUUCAAGUAAGUUUUUAUCCGUACAAGGGGACAAAUUUGUGCUAUUUUCUUGCUUUUACAUCUCGGCAUCCGUCCACUUAUUAUGUCUUCUCAUCUUGAGUACAUGUUUUCGAUGCCGUGAUUUUUUGUACAUUUGGUCUUUCCCCUUUAUAUUUAUUACCAUUUACCAAAAAAAAAAAAAAUUGUGCUAUUUUCUUUCUGUUUUCUGGUCCUGCCAUCAUGUUCAAUUAUCCUCAUUCCUAAAUUUCAUAACAUCCAUGCUGUUGCACAAGGGAAAAAGGACUAAACAUGCAAACAAAAAGUCUGCUCUCUUGCUGAUAUCCAUCCUAAUACCUAGAUCAUCAUUUGUAUUCAACAAAAUGACAACAACUCUUCAAUUGCACAUGCUUUUUACGAUUUGCAUACCGUUAGCCAAUGAUCUUUGCAUUGUAAAUGUGGUUCCUAUCAAGUAAUUCACACUGGCUAUUACAGGAUUCUCCAUCUGACUUUGCAGGUAUAAAGUGAAGAAGCUAUUGAAACUGCCAAGCUGCUUGCAGUGAAGGAGGCUUUGCUGGUAAAGAGACUUGUCUAUCAUUAGGCACUGAGACUUCAGAACCCCACCCUAGGAAAUGAUGCACACACUGACUAAUAUCCAUUUUUAACUUAUUUCUUGAAACAUGACAUGAUUGUGGCACUUCAGAGUUCUCUGUC